CAAAUUCUCUUUGGCAUGAGCAAAGAUUGAUUUAUUGUUUAUGAUGCGAUAAGUCGAAGAAAAGUCUAGUGAAAACGACGCUAUAGAAAUGUAUGUGUGUAUCUCUUUCUGUGAUAUAUUGACGGACAUGCCAAUUCGAAAGUACACUGACAUCAGAACGAUUUAUCAAAAUGAUAUUUUUUAGAUGUCUGAUUAGAAAUAAGGAAAUUUUUAUUUGAGCCUGAAUAUACUGAUAAAUGUCAGGGUCUUCUAAAUUUAUACAUUUUGCAUCACACUUGCUCGAAAAAGAACUUAUUUCAUGCAGCUUAUUCCAUAACCCCUGAGGGAGGUAUAAGUUUUUUUGAAACUAUGUCACUACUCGUAAAAUUCAUUCGAACUAAUUAGGUACAAAUGAAUUUUACUUUUAAUAUACUGACGUUUAUGAUCAUUAUUUUUGUAAGUAUAUGUUUAAAUAGUUAUUUACGAUACAAGUGCAGAAAAAAAUAGGGAAUUCGUAACGAGUGGUGAUAAAUUGACACGAGUUGUGAAUGACCUAUUUGCACGUGUAUCGUACAACGUUUUACAAUACAUAUGGCUCUUUAAAGCUUCGACAUAUGCACGGAAAGUGCUCAUUCCCGCACGUGCGGGAAAGUAGCACCAUAUGUACUGUAAAAUAUUUAAUUGCAUUAAUUUAGUAGCCGUUUAAAAUAUGUAUACAAUUUUGCUGCUGAAAGCCGGAUGGGUCCAUGUCUUCGAUGUCUAACCUGUCAAAAAAUCACAACACGGCGGACGAAUGUUUGAAAUGUCACCAUAUUUAUGAACUAUUUCGCUUUAAAUUUACGCUUUUCUUUGCAAGUGUGAUGAAAAACAUUGUGUCUCCGGGGGUUGCAAACUUGAGGUUUUUAGAUUCACAACAGCCGCAGGCUGGAGUGAAUUAAAGACUCACUUACCCUCGUUGCACAAUGUAAUAUUGUUCGUUUGUUUAUUAUUAUUUUAUUUUAAUCUUAAUUUGAAUAUGAGAUCUAUGACUGAGUACCUAAACGUAAUCUGUAAUUUAUUGUUAGUAAGUAUCAUUAAUGUUAUGAAUGAAUAUACUUAAGUACAUAUUUUUUUCCCGAUGGGUUAUUUUUUUACUAACUUAAUAAUCAAACCUAAAUAAUAAUAAGACUGACGGAGUUUUGGCCUUAAGAGUCACAUGGAACUUGUCGCCGCCAUACAAUGGAAAUGGAAAUCGCUGUCAUUUAAAAUGACAUGAAACUUAGCAAGUAACUUCUGUCUGGUAUUAGAUUUGUACCACAACCUGUAGCCGUUGCCCGGUAAGAUGGCCAUAGGGAUCGGAACCGGUUUUUUGCAAAAACAUAGAAAUAACCAUAUAUUUCGGUUUAUUUUAUACUCUAAAUGUAGGACUCAGUUGUGUUUUCAGAUAACGACUUCGUAUUAUUAGAUUGCCUAAUUUGAAAUGAAGUAAUUAACAAAGAACGAAAAAAUACCGUUUUCGUUCCCAUACAAAAACUACCGGUUUCCGAUCCCUGGAUGGCCACUCUAAUUAAUUUUAUUUUCCGUGUUUGCUAAGUAAUUUACUAUGUCUGAUUUAAAUAAUUAUGAUCUGUAUAACUCCCGACCAUAACUGUUAGGUUAGGUUAGAUAAAUAAAUGUCGCAUCAGUACCAGACAAUUCAUUUUAGUGAUACAUUUUUUCUAUCGUGAUAUAUCUCAAAUGAAGCGUAGUUAACGAUAAGCUUGUCGAUAAAUAGGACCGCUUUUUUUGUUUGUAUCUAUUGUUAUUGACACCUAAAGCAAACCAACAUGGCUCUCGAAAUCAUAGCCGCCAUUGUUUUUUUUAUUGCCAGUUGUGCUCUUCUCAUCUACGUAUACCUGACCCGCAACUACUCGUACUGGGAGAAGCGAGGCGUCGAUAGUCCUAAACCGGUGCCAUUUUUCGGUAAUGUAAAAGACUCGAUGCUCAGACGCACUAGCUAUAUGGAGCAAUAUAAACAUUUCUACGAUUCUUAUCCUAACAGCAAAAUAGUCGGGAUCUACCGCGCCUGGAAUCCGACUAUCUUGGUCAGAGACUUGGAUGUACUCAAGCAUGUAAUGAUCAGGGAGUUCGACAGUUUCUCUGACCGCGGCUUCAGCUUCAGCAACAAAGGCCUCGGCUUCAAUCUCUUCAACGCUGAGAGCGAUGACUGGCGAGUACUACGCUCUCGGCUGUCCCCAAUGUUCUCAACAGGAAGACUCAAAAACAUGGUCUAUCUGAUGACAGGGCGCGCCGACAAGUUCCUCGCUUAUCUCGGCCCGUUAGUUGAAAAAUCUCCUGAACAGAACGUCCACACACUCGUCCAGAAAUUCACUAUCGGCAACAUUGGCACCUGCGCCUUCGGCAUCGACAUAGACAUAAACAACGUCGACAAUGUUUACGAUGAUCUCGACAGUCUCAUCUUCUCCACGAACUACGCUAUCGAGCUAGAGAUGAUGUAUCCCGGCAUUUUGAAGAAGUUCGACAUGUCUCUGUGGCCGAAAGUGAUCAAAGACUUCUUUUACGGGCUGGUGACAGACAUACUGAGAGAUCGCAAAGGCAUCGCUUCCGAUAGGAAGGACUUCAUGGACUUGCUUUUAGAGUUGAGGAAUGCUGGUGAGAUACACGGUACGAAAAAAUAUAAGGACGACAAGGACAGGACACUACAGAUCACGGAAGAUGUGAUGGCUGCUCAAGCCUUUAUCUUCUACGCGGCUGGUUACGAGACUAGCGCUACAGCCAUGGGCUUCCUUUUACACGAACUAGCCAUGAAUCCUGAGAUACAAGACCGAGUGGUCGCUGAAAUCGAUCAGGUCCUAAAGAAGCAUAGCGGAGAAGUCACUUACGACUGCAUUAAAGACAUGACUUAUUUGGAACAAGUGUUUAACGAGACGCUACGGAUGUAUCCUGUGGUCGACCCCAUCCCUCGACUAGCGUUGAGACCUGUGGAACUUCCAAAUACUGGUGUAACGGCUGAGAAAGGCAUGGGGGUUCUAGUUUCCGUCAGCGGUAUACACUAUGAUCCUAAGCAUUGGCCCAACCCCACCGAGUUCGAUCCUGAUCGUUUCUCACCGGAGAAUUCCAAGGACAGGCACCCGUGCGCCUACUUGCCCUUCGGGCUCGGACCAAGAAAUUGCAUAGGCAUGCGUUUCGCGCAAGUGCAGUCAAAGGUGUGCCUAUUGAAGCUGCUGCAGAACUACAGUGUGGAGCCGUGUGCGCUCACACGAAGGCGGCCCGAGUUUGACCCCGACCGGCUGGUGAAACGCUCCAAACAUGGACUGCCAUUGAGAAUCUUACCACGAGCUGUCGGACUCAAUGAUUAAACUAAACACACAUUUUAUUGUCUUCGAUUACCUCGAUAGUUACUCGUGAAAACUAUGGAAACGGAUUAUAUAUCGCAAACAACGAAAUAAAAAUACAUUCCAACGUGUUGAACCCUUUCUUUCGUGGUAGGUUUCGAAACUUUGGGAUGUAUAAUAAAUUCAUUAUACGCUAUGAUUUAUAUAGCAUAAUCUGUUACCAUAGUUUUAUUUCAUAAACAGAAAUAGACGAUAGUGAACAUAUCGUAGUCCCCAUUUUCGUCCCUGGGACAUUAUGGAAAAUGUACUUACACAAUUUAAUGUAAAUUAACCAAAGCUAUGUCGCUACGUUCGACUUUUUUGGAUAUUUGAUUAAUUAUAAGUUAGGAG